AUGGAAUGUAUCCAAUAUCCGUUUGAGACGUCGGAAGUGACGCCGUCGGGUCCCCUGCACCUUGGCGUCUCCGUACAUCACAUGACCGAGGGUUCGUCGCUUGAACAUCUUGGGUGGUGCCACGUCUUUGUCGACGGGGGAAAGGUCACUCAGGAGUGGGUGACGGACGCAGGCCACAACUUUGGAGCUGAAUAUCCCGAACUCGGACGACCCGAGGAUGAUCAGGAUGGGGACGAAGGCACAGGGUCCAGGCCCCCCUCCAACGGGAACCACCGCAGGAUCAAGGCCAAGGGCAGGAACAAGAACGCGUCGAGGAGAGAACAACUGUUCAAGGAAGCAGCUUCUGUUCAAGUAGCGGAGAGCACGGCGAGGAGAGCCCGCCCAAGAGUCGCCAACAGGAACACCAACCCCCAAGGGACGGGACGAGGCAGGAGGAUCACGAUCAGGGUGAACGAAGAAGAGGAGGCAAUGCGGAAGGAAGCUCUUACACCAGCGUCGGCCAGCUGUGAUGAAAGCCUUCGAACGUGGACAGCCAGAGAGCAGGAAAUCCUUAUGAUGUACUUGGCGGGUAAUCUUGACCUCCCAUACCCACCGAGCUUUGUCAAGGAGAUCAUGACUGGAGAACAUCAUAAAACGAUGAGGUUUCAGAAGGCUGUUAUCACGAUCCGGGACACGGAGCGAUCACCCGAAGACGAAGGAACUGGUCACUACAACCCAGCGCAAUUAGAACUCCAAUAUGCAAUUCGAGUCUACGGAGGAGCGGAUCUAGGGCUCGUGACACUUGCAAGAGCUUUUACAAGCUUCUCGGAGGCAAAAGUAUUGGAUGUGGAGUACGCAAGAGCAACGCAGACCGACAUUUACGACAACCGAUAUCAUACCAUCCGGAAGAAAAAGGCACCAAUUCCUACGGCAGAGAAGCGAUAUGCGGAAUUCCAACGUACGGCGGCCUUAGGACGUUUUGGAGCCUUGGCACAGUCGGAUAGUGAAGCGGACGAGGACACAGACGCUAUGGAGGUUGACGAAAUGGAUCCAACCGGUCCGCCCACAGAAAGUAGUUACAUGAGGGAGGAGGCUCCGUAUGCAUAG